GGUGGUAUGAGCCCCACUUUCUGCCUCUCAGCACAGACAAGGAACCAUUAAGAAAGAGGGACAGAAUUAUUGAUCUCUCUUGGAAAUUUCCCCCAACGGUGCGUGCUGCUUGAUUUUCACCCUUGAUUUUAACUUCUCGCUCAUGUUUCUGACCUAGAGUGAUCGAGGCUCGGGCUCUGGCAGGACUGUGAACAUUUGGCCAGCUUGGUUUGGCCGCCUGGCAGAGAGUGUGUUCUGAGAAGCAAUGGUGAUGAGGGCCUUUGUCCUGUUGGCUGUCUUUGCAGAAGCCUCUGCAAGAUCUUGCACUCCGAAUAAAGCAGAUGUCAUUCUCGUGUUUUGUUAUCCCAAAACCAUCAUCACCAAAAUCCCCGAGUGUCCUUACGGCUGGGAAGUGCAUCAGCUGGCGCUUGGCGGGCUGUGUUACAAUGGGGUCCAUGAAGGAGGUUACUAUCAAUUUGUGAUCCCAGAUUUGUCGCCUAAAAACAAGUCCUAUUGUGGGACCCAGUCCGAGUACAAGCCCCCCAUCUAUCACUUCUACAGCCACAUCGUUUCCAAUGACAGCACAGUAAUAGUAAAGAACCAGCCCGUGAACUACUCCUUCUCCUGCACCUACCACUCCACCUACUUGGUGAACCAGGCUGCCUUUGACCAGAGAGUGGCCACUGUUCACGUGAAGAACGGGAGCAUGGGCACAUUUGAAAGCCAAUUGUCUCUCAACUUCUACACUAAUGCCAAGUUCUCCACUAAGAAGGAAGCCCCUUUUGUCCUGGAGACAUCUGAAAUCGGUUCAGAUCUGUUUGCGGGAGUAGAAGCCAAGGGGUUGAGCAUUAGGUUUAAAGUGGUUUUGAAUAGCUGCUGGGCCACACCAUCGGCUGAUUUCAUGUAUCCUUUGCAAUGGCAGCUGAUCAAUAAGGGCUGCCCCACAGAUGAAACAGUCCUUGUACAUGAGAAUGGGAAAGAUCACAGAGCCACCUUCCAAUUCAACGCUUUCCGGUUCCAGAACAUCCCCAAACUCUCCAAGGUUUGGUUACACUGUGAGACAUUCAUCUGUGACAGUGAGAAGCUCUCCUGCCCAGUGACUUGUGACAAACGGAAGCGACUCCUUCGGGACCAGACAGGGGGCGUCCUCGUAGUGGAGCUCUCCCUCCGUAGCAGGGGACUCCCCAGUCUCUAUAGCUUCUCAGACGUCCUCUAUCACCUCAUCGUGAUGCUGGGGAUUUGUGCCGUGUUGUAGGGGAUCGCCAGGCAGGCAGUGGCAUCUCCUCCACCCAACAUCAUCUCCUGUGUCGAUGACAAACUCCCAUUUAUUGUGCUGCCAACAAGAACAAACAGAAGAACAUACCGUUGAG